AUGGUGGGAUCCACCUCCUCCUUCGGCAACUCCACCACCGUCAUCGCCUUCACCUCCGACCGCCACAAUGGCCUUCCCAUCAAAGACCAUGUUCCCGUCAUCCUCGAGCUCGACCCCCCCUCCUACAAUGCUUGGCGCACCUACUUUGCGCUUCUCUUCUGCUCCUACCGUCUCAUUGAGCAUGUUGACAGGAGCGUCUACAUCCGCGACAUGAAAGGCGAUGACGAGUGGCUGGCUGUCGACGCCUGCAUCGUCAAGUGGCCGUUCCUCACGAUCUCGCGUGGGCUCUUUGACAUGGUGAACUGCCGCGACCCGUCUACGCAUGCCAUCUGGACGCGGCUUUGUGACCUCUUCCUCGACAAUCAGCUUCAGCGUCACGUGUUCCUCCAAGGGGAGUUUUUCACCAUGCAGCAAAAUGAUCUCACGAUCGACGAGUACUGCACCAAGCUGAAAGUUCUCUCCUAUGAGCUUUGCGACGUCAACAUGGUGAUCAACGACUCGGUCCUCCUCACCAACCUCCUCCGCGGCCUCCACCCCGACCUUGGCCAGUCCGCUGCCAACCUCUCCCUCACCACACCCUCCUAA